UAUUUUCAACAACCUUUAUAUUUCUGAUAUAUACAUAUUAUAGUAUACAGCUAAGGGUCCAUUUUAUCUUUCCAUGUCCAUGGCAUUUUCAACUCACAAGCAACAUCAACACCUGCCAAACUUGUACGGCGCCACCGCAGCCCCACCGCCAACCCCUUCCGCCCAACCCAACCAUCACACUGUCACGUCAUCCGCCGCCGCAGAUGCACUCUCCAAUCUCCUCCACCGCCUCCCUCCUACUCUUUCCCUCCCUAAACGCCGCUCCUCCACAUCCGCCACCUCUCGUGCUCUUCCUACCCUCUCUUUCUCUGACCCUAACUUUAAUCAUCUACUUGUCUCCUCCGGUUCAGAACUCGGCUUCCUCCAACUCACAAACCAUGACAUACCAUCCCAACUCGCUAACUCAGCCGAGACUGAGUCUCUGUCUCUCUUUGAACUCACCAGAGACCAAAAAGAAUCGUGUUUCCCUAAAAACUGGCCUUUAGGCUUUGAUGCUGAUGACGAUGACGAGGAAGAAGAAGAUGGGGAUGGAAAGGGUGAGUCCUUUUGCUUGGAUACUGAGUGUUCAACUGAGACAACAGCCGAUUUAUCAUUGACUUCUCUAAGAGAGUUCACACGGGCUUUAGAGAAACUGGGUUUGAAGAUCAUUGAUAAGUUGGCAGAUGCAAUGGGGUUUGAUAACUCGAUAGGAGAGGAUCCGACCCGGUUUCGUUCAUUGAUGUGGAUAUCAGAGGGUUUACAUGGGGACCAUGAUAAACCAUCGGGCGGGUUUUACCCGUAUGUGAUCGGGUUGCAAUACCAAAUCAGGUGUCAAAAAUAUUCCUUGUUGAAGGAUUCGGGUUCGGUUUCGGUUUCGCCCCAAGUGGACUCAAUCAUGGUCACUCUUGGUGACAUUGCUCAAGUAUGGAGCAACGGGAAACUUAGCAAAGUGCGAGGAAGACCAAUGGCAUGUUUAGGCGACGGAAACAAGUCUCGUUUCGUAUCAAUGUCACUAUUAGUGACGCUUCCAUGUAAUAGUAGAGUUACACCUUUGCUUCCAAAGGUCGUCGGUGAAGAGGGAACUGGCGACGACGAUGAUGAAAGUCAAGUUUGUGGAAGUAAGGAAGAGCAAGAAAAGAGAUUGUUUAAUUCAUUUUCCUUCGAAGACUAUGCAUGGAGAGUUUAUAAUGAAUGUUACCUCUUUAAUGAUCCACUUGAUAGAUAUCGCAUUUAAUGAUUUUUUUUUCUCAAUUUUAGUACUGUUGUUAUAACAAUUUGAAAAUUGUGGAUUCGAGUGUGUUUAAAAAGUAAUAUUUUUCAAUUUGAUCAGUUGGGAUUUAAAGAGAUGUAUGAGUAAUUUAAGAAAUAUAUAUAUAUUUCUUUUAUAUUUAUAAAUAAUUGAAUUUUUGUCAAUGAAA